AUGGCAACCAGAGAGACUCCGGUCUACAUGAGGCCCAUCAACUUUGCCUUGGACGUUGCCAAUGGCCGCAGUCGGUACUCCAGGAUCAUCCCACCAGUGCUAUUGGCGCUGGACGCGGUGCUCUGCGGUCUGGUCAUCUGGAAGAUUCCCUAUACCGAGAUCGACUGGAAGGCGUACAUGGAACAGGUCUCUCAAUUUGUCUCUGGCGAAUACGACUACACCAAGAUCAAGGGUGGCACCGGUCCCCUGGUCUAUCCAGCCGCCCAUGUCUACACCUACACAGUACUCUACUACCUGACGGACAAGGGCAAGGACAUAUUUCUAGCACAGCAGCUGUUUGCGGUCUUGUACAUUGUCACCCUGGCGGUGGUCAUGGCAUGCUACUGGAAGGCCAAGGUCCCGCCGUAUGUCCUUCCCCUGCUCAUCCUCUCGAAGCGCCUCCAUAGCAUCUUCGUCCUCCGCUGCUUCAACGACUGCUUCGCCGUCCUCUUCCUCUGGCUCGCCAUCUACUUCUUCCAGCGCAAGCUGUGGACGUUUGGCGCCCUCGCCUACAGCUGGGGCCUGGGCAUCAAGAUGUCGCUGCUCCUCGAGCUGCCCGCCGUGGGCCUGAUACUCUUCCUGGCGAGGGGCUUCGCUGCAGCCAUGCGCGUGAAUAGGGUCAUGGUGCACCUGCAGAUCCUCACGGCCGCCCCCUUCCUGCUGAAGAACUGGCGCGGGUAUCUGGGGCGGGCGUUCGAGCUGUCACGGCAGUUCUUCUACAAGUGGACGGUCAACUGGCGCAUGGUCGACGAGGAGGUGUUCCUCAGCCGCGAGUUUGCUAUUGGACUGCUCGUCUUGCACGUCUCCCUGCUCGCCACCUUCAUCGUGACCCGCUGGCUCAAACCGGCCAAUAAGUCCAUCCCGGAGCUCGUCAAGCCGCUCCUCACGGCAAGGGCCAUCCUCAGACCCGAAGCCCAGCCGAUCGUUGGCCAGGGCCUGAGCCCCCGCUACGUCAUGACCACCAUGCUGACGGCCAAUGUCAUCGGCCUGCUCUGCGCCCGAUCCCUACACUACCAGUUCUAUGCCUAUCUCGCGUGGGCCACGCCCUACCUCCUGUGGAGGAGCGGCGUCCAUCCCGUCCUACAGUAUGCGCUAUGGGCUGUGCAGGAGUACGCAUGGAAUGUCUUCCCCAGCACGAAAGUGAGCUCGAUGCUCGUCGUCGAUGUGAUGUUUGUGACGGUCGGGCUGGUAUGGCUGGGUGCCAAGGAGGAGUUCCAGCCCCAGUCCGAGCGUCGGGCAGCCAAAGAAGAGGCGGCCUCUGAGUAG